GCCGCUCUUCCCUCUCCAGCCCCCGCCCUCCCCGCUCGGCGCACACCUCCUCCCUGACGCAUUUUGCCGCACAGGCUGUAACAUGGCGGCAGCGACAGCGGCCUCGGCUCCCGUGAGCUAGCUUCGUUUCGGAUGCUUCCAAACCGAGCAAAAGGAUUGACUCAGUUGUCCUUGGUGGGUUUUUGUUUUUUAUCAUAUCCCUCAACUUAAAGAUUGAAGUGUGGAACCAUGGGAAUAAAGGUCCAGCGUCCUCGAUGUUUUUUUGACAUUGCCAUUAAUAAUCAACCUGCUGGAAGAGUUGUCUUUGAAUUAUUUUCUGAUGUAUGUCCAAAAACGUGUGAGAACUUCCGUUGUCUUUGUACAGGGGAAAAGGGGACAGGGAAAUCAACCCAGAAGCCGUUGCAUUACAAGAGCUGUCUCUUUCACAGAGUUGUCAAGGAUUUCAUGGUUCAGGGUGGUGACUUCAGUGAAGGGAAUGGAAGAGGAGGAGAAUCUAUUUAUGGAGGAUUCUUUGAAGAUGAGAGUUUUGCUGUUAAACACAACAAAGAAUUUCUCUUAUCAAUGGCCAACAGAGGGAAGGAUACAAAUGGCUCUCAGUUCUUCAUAACAACGAAACCAACUCCUCAUUUAGAUGGGCAUCAUGUUGUUUUUGGGCAAGUCAUCUCUGGUCAGGAAGUUGUGAGAGAGAUUGAAAACCAGAAAACGGAUGCUGCUAGCAAACCGUUUGCCGAGGUACGGAUACUCAGCUGUGGAGAGCUGAUUCCGAAAUCUAAAGUUAAGAAAGAAGAAAAGAAAAGGCAUAAGUCAUCGUCACCGUCGUCAUCCAGUGAUUCAGAUAGCUCAAGUGAUUCUCAGUCCUCCUCUGAUUCUUCUGAUUCAGAAAGCGCUUCUGAAGAAAAAUCUAGAAAAAGGAAAAAGAAACAUAGGAAAAACUCCCGAAAGCAUAAGAAGGAGAAGAAGAAGCGAAAGAAAAGCAAGAAAAGCCCAUCUAGUGAAAGUGAAGCAGAAAAUCUUGACACACAGCCCCAGUCUACUGUCCGCCCAGAAGAGAUCCCUCCUAUACCAGAAAAUAGAUUCCUAAUGAGAAAAAGUCCUCCUAAAGCCGAUGACAAGGAAAGGAAAAACAGAGAGAGAGAAAGAGAAAGAGAAUGUAAUCCUCCCAACUCCCAGCCUCCUUCAUACCAGCGACGGUUCUUAGUUACUAGAUCUGGCAGGAAAAUUAAAGGAAGAGGACCAAGGCGUUAUCGAACUCCUUCCAGAUCCAGAUCAAGGGAUCGUUUCAGACGAAGUGAGACUCCUCCACAUUGGAGACAAGAGAUGCAGAGAGCGCAGAGAAUGAGGGUGUCAAGUGGUGAAAGAUGGAUCAAGGGGGAUAAGAGUGAGUUAAAUGAAAUAAAAGAAAAUCAAAGGAGCCCAGUGAAAGUAAAAGAGAAAAAAAUAACAGAUCACAGACACAUGUCUGAGAGUCCAAACCGAAAAAUAGAAAAAGAAAAGAAAGUUAAAGACCAUAAAUCUGAAAGCAAAGAGAGAGACAUCAGAAAAAAUUCAGAAAAAGAUGAUAAAUAUAAUAAAAACAAAGUGAAGAAAAGGGGCAAAUCCAAAAGUAGGAGUAAGAGCAAAGAGAGAUCCAAGAGUAAGGAAAGAGAUUCAAAACAUAACAGACAUGAAGACAAGAGUAUGAGGUCAAGAAGUAAAGAAAGGGAUCAUGAGACUACUAAAGAAAAGGAAAAACCAUUGGAUUCUAAAGGGAAGGAUCAGGAAAGGAGCAGAAGCAAAGAGAAUUCUAAACAGGUAGAAUCAAAAAGUAACGAGCAUGAUCACAGCAAAAGUAAAGAGAAGGAUAGACGCGCACAGUCUAGGAGUAGAGAACGUGAUCUGACUAAAAGUAAGCACAGUUACAACAGUAGGACGAGGGAAAGAAGCAGAAGCAGGGACAGGAGCAGAAGAGCGCGGUCUAGAAGCCACGACAGAGAUCGCAGCAGAAGCAAGGAGUACCAUAGAUACAGAGAACAGGAGUAUAGGAGAAGAGGAAGGUCACGGAGCCACGAUCGAAGAACACCAGGACGGUCAAGAAGUAAAGAUAGGAGGAGGAGAAGGAGGGAUUCCCGGAGCUCAGAGAGAGAAGAAAGUCAAAGUAGAAACAAAGAAAAAUAUAGAAGCCAAGAAAGUAAGAGCUCACACAGAAAAGAAAAUUCUGAAAGUGAGAAAAGAAUGUACUCUAAAAAUCGUGAUCAUAAUAGCUCAAAUAAUAACAGGGAAAAAAAAGCUGAUAGAGAUCAAAGUCCAGGGUCAAAAACAAAACAAAGCAGUCAGGACAAUGAAUUGAAGUCCUCCACAUCAAAAAAUCAAGAGGACGAGAAGACCAGAUCACCAGUGGAAAAAGAAAACCAAAAAUCAAAGGGUCAAGAAAAUGACCACGUACAUGACAAAAAUAAAAAAUGUGAUCAUGAAUCAAGCCCCGGGACAGAUGAAGACAAAAGUGGAUGAGUGAGUUGUACACUUAUUUCCUUCCUGUCUCAAAUUUUUAAGUUUUCAAGACCUACUGUUGAAUCUCCUUUUUGUUGUUUUCAUUGUUUUGAGGUUAUUUUAUGUUUGUU